GGAAUAUUUGGAGAAGCGAUUUCGAUUAAAUUUGUUGAUAAAGGCAGCGACAAAAGCGGCAGUUGCGCAAGAGCUUGAGGCGAAAUGGACCUGGACGACGUCCUCCCCGAAGUCGGCGAAUUCGGCCGCUACCAGAAAUUGGUCCUGUGGUUUAUCCUGUUACCGGGGGUGUUUCCGUGCGGCUUUCACGCUUACAAUCAGCUGUUCAUGGCGGCGGCUCCGGACCAUUGGUGCAAAGUGGACGGAUUCACCGGAAAAAGCGCGAAGCUCAUCAGAAACAUAAGUAUACCCACCGCAGUACAGCUAGAUGGACAAACAAGAUUCAGCCAGUGCACAAUGUACGAUUUAAAUUACACGAACACAUCUUUGGAAUUUUAUGAAUCGGUGAAUUACACCACCGUGAGUAUAGUUCCAUGCAAACAUGGAUGGGUUUACGAUAAGCAAGGUCAUGAGAACACGAUUAUUACGGAGUGGGACUUGGUCUGUGAAAAAGACCUCUUCUCCACCAUAGCCCUAGUACUAUUCGGAAUCGGUGGCCUAAUAGGCAACUACCUCUUCGGCUACAUCCAAGACGGCAUAGGCCGAAAACCCUCAUUCUUCAUCUACCUGUUCAUCCAGAGUGUCUUCGGGAUGGCCACAGCUUUCGCCACUAACUUCACAGCAUGGACCAUUUUUCGUAUGGGCGUCGGAUUCACAGUACCAGCAAUCCUGAGCACACCCUACGUGUUAGCAAUCGAAAUCGUGGGUCCUCGACACCGCACCCUAGUGACAAUUCUAGUAAACAUUGCGUACUCUUUGGCACUGGUAGCUUUAGCCAUAAUCGUAUGGGUCAUCAGAGAGUGGCACCUUCUGGCACUUGCCACGACAGUACCAUUUCUGUCACUUUUUCUCCACUGGUGGCUGCUUCCAGAGAGUCCAAGGUGGCUGCUCGCCCAAGGCCGGGUUCGCGAAGCUGAGCAAAUCCUUAUCCAAAUGGCAAGGAUCAAUGGAAAAAAGUUGCCAUAUAACUUUGUAAGUGAAUUGAGACGUGAAGAGGUUCGAAGCCAAGUACCAAGUAGUUUUGGUAUUAGACACUUGUUCCAUUCCUCGAAUUUGAGGUGGAAGACCAUAAUUAUCACCUUCAUUUGGUUCACCAAUACUAGUGUUUAUGUGGGGUUGUCUUACUACGCCCCUGCCCUUGGAGGCGAUGAGUACCUUAACUUUUUUCUUGCUGGUGCUGUGGAGUUACCGACGUACCUUUUCCUAUGGCCUGCGAUGGAAAAGUGGGGACGGAGAUGGACUUUGUGUGUCAGUAUGGUUGUGGGGGGAUCUGCUUGUCUGACAACCUUCUUGGUACAAAAUGAUUCUGUGAUAACCCUAGCCCUCUACUGCGUCGGCAAAAUGGGCAUCUCCUCCUCCUUCGUGGUGCUGCCGCUGAUGGCAUCGGAGCUGUACCCCACGGUGGUGCGGGGGCUGGGCAUCAGCGUCAGUUCCAUGGUGGGGAUGCUGGGUCCUGUGUUCAUUCCGCUGGUUAAUUAUCUGGGAUCUGAUAUGCUGACUCUCCCAUUGAUAAUUAUGGGUACCAUGUUGGUGAUGGGUGGUGCCUGUUCCCUGCUAUUGCCGGAAACCUUAAAUCAGCAUCUUCCGCAGACUUUGCAAGAUGCUGAGAAAGCCGGCCUCGAUUGUUUUGCAUGCUGCACUCCUCCGCAACUGGACGUCAAGAUGCAGGCGCUGCACGAAAGUCGCCUUCAAUCGUGAUUAAGGUGGUAAGUCACAUGCACUCGACGUGAAAUUAAGUGCACUGCCCCAUUUCGUGUAAUUUCACGGUCUUUGUAGGUACUAGUAAAUGGUAGUGGCGUGUUUCAAUUAGAUGGCCAUUAUAGCGAUAGUGUAGGUAUGUAGAACGAAUUUUAUUGGCGAAUUGGCAGGUCAUGGACUUAGGGGCAUCGAAUGAUUUGUGAUUAUGACUUUCUGGGAAGAGAAAUUAUAUUUAAUUAACAACAUAUAUUUGACAUAGUUUUCUUUACAACAAUACAACAUAAUAUUUCAUAGCACUGUUUUAUUUACUGCGCUUUGUUUUCCUAUACACA